CCCGCCUCGGCCACCCAAAGUGCUGGGAUUACAGGCGCGAGCCACCGCGCCCGGCCGCUCCUCUGGCUUUUUAAGGCGGGGCGAAAAGCUGGAACAGCUACCACAAAGCGAACGCCUGUCUGUUUGGAAUUUUGCAAAUAAGGAACGUUUAAACGACAUAGUUCACAACCUUUGAGUGCUGGCUUUCUCUUAACAGGUGUGUGCGUGCGCCCAGGUGGUUUGGCCUGUGUGCGCUAGUUACUUGGCACGCGCUUCUUCAGUCUCAACACACAGAGCUCUAGUAAACUUCAGGGGGCGGAUUCGUCAAUUACAGUUGCGGAAGAAGACUCGACUCGAAGAGCGGUCCGCCACCAGGGGUCUUGCCGCAGCGCCCCCAGCGGGCGGGGGUCUUUGUUGGGGAAGCCGCAGAGGGCACACUGAGCGCAGCAAAGCUGAGCAGCGGGCUGCUUCAGGACCGAAGCCUCGUUAUGCAAGCGAAAAACAAAGAUCCUUCGCAGCCUAUUAAGGAAGAUAGGACUGGGAAGGCCCAGGAUGAUGCUUUCUGGCUUCAAUCACUUAUUACGGAUGCAUUCCAUGAUAAAGGAUUUCAGAAAAUAAAAGAAUACUUUGAACAGAAAGGGAGCCACUUUCCUCAAAAAUAUAAUCGUCUUCUAUUAUACCGUCUUGACAGAUCAAUAAAUAAGGAACUAGAUAAAAAUGAAUUUCAGUCUGUGUCACUGUUGCUGAAAUGUAUUCAGCGAUUCUUCAUAGAUGGGCUGAAAGAAGAUGAACCUUUGCUAAUUCGGCAGGGACUGAUCCCAAAGAUAAUUUCCUGGUUUGAAAGAACAACAGGAAUUCUGACCUCGGAAGGCCUAGCCUCAGACACAUCGCUGAUUUGUGUUAUAGAAGAUUUCUUUGACACUGCGUUGAUUAUUUCCAGGAGUAGUAGUGAAGGGAAAAUUCAGAUGUUGGAUUCUUUCCUACUUAGCUUAGGAUUCCUGGUGACAGAAAAGACUGUAAAUCAUUUGCUUCAACAGGAGGGCUUGAAGACUUUUAACUGCAUUUUGCACGGUGUCCCUCGGGAAGAGAGAAAAAAAUUUCCUUUGUCAGAAGGCAUGUGUCAUCUUAUGAAAGACCUUGCAAGGACACUCUUGACUGUGGGUGAUUAUGACCAGCAGGUUGCUAUUUCUGAAGCGCUGUGUAGACUGACGAUUAAAAAAUCAAGGGAUGAACUUGUCCAUAAAUGGUUUGAUGAUGAAGUCAUUGCUGAAGCUUUCAAAGAAAUUAAGGAUCGAGAAUUUGAGACGGACAGUAGACGUUUUCUCAAUCACCUAAACAACAGACUCGGUGACCAAAGAAGGGUGUAUUCAUUUCCAUGUAUUGCUGCUUUUGCUGAUGAGCAUGAGAUGAGAAAACCAGCAGAUGAAAAAUUAGAUAAAUUUUGGAUCGACUUUAACCUAGGAAGUCAGAGUGUCACUUUUUAUAUAGGCAAUGCUGAGAAUACUCUAUGGGACUCAGUGACACUUCCGAAGGAAGCGGUGAUGAAUUUCAGCAUAACAGAAACUGAGAAGAUAAAGAUAUUUAUCAUUUACCUGAAGAAUCCCGUGAUUAUCAGCUACAAAGAAGUCAUGAAAAUAGAAAUCCAUUUUGAUUUGCAGUUCAACAUAUCACAAGCUUCCAUUCAAGCUUUAGGAGAAGACAAACAGAUGUUGCCUGACCAGAUGAAAAUCUCCUCAGAACUUUUUAGUAAGUCUGAUAAAGAAGACAGGGAGAGUCCCCGUGGCCUUGAAAGAGAAACAGAGCAGGCAGAAGAAUCCACCAACGUGGUGGAGUUUCUGAGUGCUGAAGAUGACCGUUGCCUAAUAACUCUCCACUUAAAUGACCAAUCUGAGCCACCUGUUACCGGGGAACCUGCCCCCGAUAGUCACCUUCAGCCGGUCCCUCCGUUCGGGGUUCCUGACUUCCCGCAACAACCCAAGUCUCAUUACAGAAAACAUCUCUUCUCUGAGAGUAAUCAAGAUUCAAGUACCAGUGAACUAUCUUGGACCAGUAACCAAAAAAGGAAAACCCUAAAAUCAUAUUCUGGUAGAAAGAAGACAAGAACCAGAAGUAAUUUGAGAGUCUUGCCAGUUUUCCCUCCCAGUAGUGGCAGUGGCCGUGAGAAAGACCAAGCUAAGCUUCUAUCACCAUCACAGAAAGACAUACCCAAGCAAAAUAGCACCGCAUCUCCAAAGACUUCUGAAAAAAAAUUCCAAGAUAGUUUUGCUUUUUUGACUGCUGAAGAUUCUGCCCAGAAAACAGAGCUUCAAGAUCCUUACUCAGUGAGCGAGCUCUCUUCCUUGAAGCCCUCAGAAGAUGAAGAAGAACCUAAGAUUGUGAACCAAGAAUCACUAACAGAAAGUACUAGCUUGAAACAUAAGCUGAGAAACUUGGAAGACAGAGAUAUACCCGAAGGUAGUUUUGCUAAGUCAAAACAAUCAAGAUUGGAGGAAGAGAUUACUCCGGGAUCCCCUUUCUCAAUAACAGAAGAAAGAGAGUUGCCAGAAGGAAUUUCCACUUCAUCCCUAGAAGUUAUGCCAGAGAACUUGAACGGUUCUGCCAUUCUCCCAACCUUUGAAAACUUCACUAGAAAACUGAAAAGAAAAUACGAGCUUAGGUACAGAAAGCGUCCACUUAAUUCAGAAAAUGCAAAGAAAGCACCGGAUUGCCUAAUAAAACUUUUAAACCAGAUGCAACUGUUCAGACUCAAUAAACUAGAGAGCUUUCAAAAUUUGGUUCUUCAAGAGUUGAGCAGUCUUAAGAAGGAUAUUCAGGCCCUGGAACACCUUGAGAGGGAGGUUCUGGAAUUCUGGGGGAAACAGUCUGCUGAUCUGCAGUCUUUCCGUGAUCUGCAAGUGCUGAGGUCCAAUUCAACUCAGACUUCAUAAGAAAGCCAAAGCCUUCUUUUAUGAUUGCAGCCCUCAGCGGGGCUGCCUGAAGACGAAGAUAAAGAGCAAGGUUAUUGUUGGCUCAGGCCACGUUAGCCAGACUUCCAUGCUCUCACUUCAACAAAACUGUCACCUAAUUUAGCAGGGGAGAAAUAUUCAUCAUGUCGUUAUUAACUACUAAAUCCUGUAGUGUAGUUUGAGUGGAUGAAGUUGCAUAUACAGUUAAGCAUUUGAAUUUAUUUUGGAAAAAUGAAGCCUACAUAAUUUAAGGCCAUCUACAAAGUAACUUUGUUCAUGACUGGAAUGUGAAAACAAGAAACCCUAAAAGCUGAAAUGCCUCAAUCUGUUUCACGGGGAAGUGGUGACUGUGGAAGGUGAUGUAUUUCCACAGGAGUCAAACAGCACCCGGGAUUGGAGUGAAGCAGCUCCUGCUGGGGUAUCCAGUUCAAGACACACCACCAGAUGUUAAACAUAGAAGCAUGAUGAUAUACAUGAAGAAAAGUAAUCUGACUCGUUUUUUUCCGCAAAACGAAGAAAAUCGUGUCCAGGAACUCUACUGAUUUGGAGAAGUAGUACCACCAAAGCACCUUGGCUACCUACAGAAAUUUGUAAAGGGGAGAAAAAGGUGAGAAAUGGCAGUGUUCCUGGUGCUGCCCCACUGCUCGGCCUUCUGCGUGCUGCCUGUGCUUUCCUGCUGUUUCUUUCUCACUGCUGAAAAGGCAGCUCACCUGGUGUCCUUGUCUCCAGUUUCUCCUUAUUUCAAGCAAUCCACCCAACUCUAGUGAGAGAUGAGUUAACUUUUCCAGAACACAUGUGUGAUCGCAUCACUCCUCUGCACCUGCAGAACCAAGUCCAUGACUCCUGGCUUGAACCCAGGAUCUCCCAUGGGCUUGGGUGGCUGCUGUUCCCACCAGCCUCCUGCAAGCUCCCCACCACGGUGUCCUGUGUGCUGGACAGUGGCCUGCUUACUCCUCCUCCAGCAAUGAAAAUUCUUCUCUCUGCUCCCAGCACUCCUUUCCUACUUCAGGUCUGGCAUAUUCUUUAAUAUUCCUCUUAAAUGCCACCUUUUCUCUGGAACUUCACCCAGCCCUUUCCUUUCUCAGGCUGAACUGCUGCUUCAUUUGUAUUCAAAUUACUUUAACUGUGGCUCCAUAAUCAAUAGCCAUAAUAGAGUGUAGCUAGUGUUACGAAUCUAUCAAUAGAUUGCAAAUCACUCAAAGGCAGAAACUGUCACUCACAUUUGCUGAGUGCCUAGCACUCAAAAGGAGGUCAUUAUUGUUUGUUAUAUUAAAUUAUAACUUUCCUCUGCUCUUCUAAAGUAUGUAUGUUUUUUGUCUCUUAGACUGUCCAAGGGUAGUCUAUGGCUACAUCUUUUGUGUUUUUUCCUCAGAUGACUAGAUUAAAAAUCAAGAUGUUAUUCAUCCUUGCUAACAAUGGGAGGUCAUGAUAGCACAUCCUUUCCCUCCUAAGGCCCUCAAGUCAGUCUCAUCUAUAGGGAGACAUUUCUUUAGUUAAAGGCACUGUGUUUUUACCACUAACAUUAAACAUAAGGUAUUUUUAAAGACAUUACAUAAUAGGAAUCUUGAAAUUAAAAUAUCAUGCUCUACUGUCUACUUCCCAAGAAGACCAUCAUAAGGUGUGGCGGCAACCAUCUUAAUGUCUGAUGGCAUAAUUAACCUUUAGAAAUAUUAAACUACAAAUAAAUAAAAAACAACCUUUAGAGAA